GUACUUACGUGAAAUCACAGCCCACGGACGUUCUCUCAGGGAAAAAAAAGAAGCCCAGAGACGUGCCAUCGUUCGCCUCGCUCUCCCUCCACCUCCAGUCUCCAGACGGCGCGCCGCCAUCAAGCUCCGACCAGCAGGCGGCUGCUCCUUCCUCUCCCUUCCUGUACUGUUCCGGUAUCCCCCUCACGCCCUGGCCCGCUCCAUCCGGCUGCGCCUGCGCGCUCCUUCUUCCGGCGAUUAGAAUCGGCAUCUGCACCCCACCUCCGCCACCGCCCACCUGCGUUCAGGUUCAGGUUCUUGUUCUGUUGUCAAUGAAGACACAAUAGAAUCAGAUUAAAGCAAAACUUCUACAGGGCUAUGUGCUUGUUUCAAAAGAAAUGGGAGAUAGAGAGAGAAGAAUGGUGUUUGUCACAGUAGGGACCACAUGUUUUGAUGCUCUUGUCAAGAAAGUAGAUUCUCCGCAGGUCAAAGAAGCUUUAUGGCAAAAAGGUUAUACUGAUCUUUUUAUUCAAAUGGGCCGAGGGACAUAUGCUCCAUCUAAGUAUUCUCGAAUACAGGUCUCAGGAGAUGCAACUCUUAAAGUUGAUCAUUUCACGUUUUCGUCAAGCAUUGCCGACUAUAUAAGAGAAGCUUCCCUAGUGAUCAGUCAUGCAGGUUCAGGGAGCAUAUUCGAGACACUGCGAUUGGGCAAACCUCUAAUCGUUGUUGUAAAUGAGGAUCUGAUGGACAAUCACCAGAUUGAGUUAGCAGAGGAAUUGGCAGAAAGGAAGCACCUUUUGUGUGCACGCCCACAGACACUGGAAGAGACUAUCCAGGGGAUGGAUCUGGAGACUCUCCUAGCCUACAUUCCAGGGGAUGCCAAACCAGUUGUUGCACUGAUCAAUAAAUUUCUUGGCUUUCCAGCUGAUUGAUGUCUUGUUUUCCUUUUGACGUUUCUAGUCAGCAAAUCUCUUUAUUUUUGGCUAAUUUUCGAUUUAUGGAUGACUAGACCAUGUUAUUAGUCAUGCUGCUUUGAGUGAGAUAAUUGACCGAAUCUGUAUGAUAUUGGAAGUUCAUUUUAUGGUGUGUUCAGUGAUCUUAUGUUUCCAUUUUCUGA